AUGCCCGCGCUCUCUGGCUCGUGUGCGUUGCUUUCUUUCUACGACACAAGCUCGAAAAUCUUGAAAGUCGCCGUCACCGGAGACUCCAGAGCGCUCUUGGGCUCGUUCCGCGACAACAGAUGGACUGUGAGACAGCUCAGCAUCGACCAGACGGGCUCAAACCCAACAGAAGUGGCCCGAAUCAUCUCCGAGCACCCAGACGAACCCAACGUCAUCAAAAAUGGCCGUGUCUUGGGCACUUUGGAACCAUCGAGAGCGUUUGGCGAUUGCCGCUACAAGUUGCCGGCGUCCAUCCAGGAGAAAAUCUACAAGCAGUUUUUCGGAAGACGUCUUCCCAACAACUUGAACUCUCCGCCGUAUGUGACGGCGGAACCGGUGAUCACAACCACGAAAAUCAGCCCGGAAAACAACGAUUUCUUGGUGAUGGCCAGUGACGGGCUUUACGAAAUGCUUUCCAACGAGGAGAUUGUCGGGCUCGUAGUCAAGUGGAUGGAGAAGGAGAAAAUGGUGAAGCCCAACAAGUCGUUCUGGAACUACUUUGGCUCGAGCGAAAAGGGUCUUCCUGUGGUGGCAGAUAUCACCAACGACAAGAGCAGCAAACAGCCGUUCCGCAAAGGGAAAGCGUCUUUCGGCAACGGCUACAUGUUGGAGGACAAAAACGUGUCCACGCACUUGAUCAGAAACGCCUUGUCCAACGGCGGGUCUCGUGAACAGACGCUGAUGCUAAUUUCCAUUCCAAACCCGGUCUCGAGGCGCUACAGAGAUGAUCUUACCGUGACGGUGGUUUUCUUUGAGAAGGGCGACAAGGAGGACGACAAUGGCAAGUUGGAGAUCAACCGCGAGGCCACUGCUGGCGGCGUAGAUGCAUCCAAGCCCAAGUUGUGA